AUGGAUUCAUCAAAACACCAUUUAGGCACAGAAGGGUGUAGCAGCAGUGAAUCUGGGUGGACAAUGUACAUUGCCUCUCCUAUGGAAGAAGAUGACAAUGAGUGCAGUGACCAUGUUGUUGAUGAUAAUGACCACAAUACCAUUGCUAUCGAUGGAAAUUUCAAUGACGAAGGUGGUGAUGAGCAAGACAGUGAUGACUCGAUGGCUUCAGAUGCUUCUUCCGGCCCCAAUCAUCGGUAUAAAUAUGAGAAUGGUCAAACUAGUCGUGGAACAACAAGUGUUAAGCAAGAUAAGGGCAACAAUUUCAACCAUUGUUCUCCUACAAAGCCAAACAAAAAGGAGAAGAGUUAUGAAAACAGCACCGAAAAGAACAGAAGGUUUCCUGCUAACAGAAAAUACAGCAAAUAG